GGAAAGGUUGUGUUUAGUGUGGUUUAUUUUCCCGCGUUAUAUUUUGAUAGCGUGCUGGAGACCCGGCCUUUUGUUUUAUCUGUGAUAUACACGAGGUUUCUCGGAUAAAUUGCGUAUAAUUUUGCGAAUGCAGUGUUUGUGUAAAAGUGUUAUUAUUUAUUGAGUUUUGUUAUGGUUUUAGUUCUUUAAAGUGUAUAAAUUAUGUUUUUCAAAUAAGUUUAAUUAAUGACAAGUCCAUAAGGCAAUAUCUAAUUGGAUUUUAAAAUGAAGACAAUUUGCGGUUAACCUUAUAAUCGGUAAAGCUAUUAAUAUAAAUGCCAAAAAAUAAUGUAAUCACUUACUUCUUUUUAUAGUGAAAACCAAUAAGUGUCAAAAAUGCAACAUUUAAUAUUCGACAAUAACAUAGACAAUAAAAAAACUAAAUACAGACUAUAAAUGUGUUCAAAAUGGCGUCGGAGAAUAUCGAACGCGUUCCUAAACUGUGUACUUAUGAAGAAACUUAAGACUGCAGUCAGGAAGUGGCGAAGUAUGCGCCUCUUCCGAAAACGAGACGAUUUGUCAACAACUCGUCAAUUAUCUAUCGAUCAACCGUCAACAUCUGGCACACCUGCACAUCUACAACGAACCAUACCAGCAGAUUUACAAUUGGAACCAGACGAAGGUCAAAAAUUAAGAGAACAACAACUAAGACAAUUCGCAUUCUUCCAACUUAGGGUACAUUUAAAAAGAGGCCAAAAUUUAGUCGCCAUGGAUAAGAACGGUUUGUUAUCAGGCACCAGUGACCCGUACGUGAAAUUCAAGGCUGGCGGUAGACUGUUGCACAAAUCGAGGAUAGUGUAUAGAGACCUUAAUCCAGUAUGGGAUGAAUGCUUCACCGUACCGAUUGAGGAUCCAUUCGUACCAGUACAACUUAAGGUAUUUGAUUACGACUGGGGUCUCCAAGAUGACUUUAUGGGAAUGUGCUAUUUGGAACUAACAGCGUUGGAACUAGGCAGAACCCAGGAUUUGGUACUCUGUCUUCGAGAUCCUAACAAACCGAACCAGGAUAUGGGAGAGAUUGUUCUGAAUGUCACGCUAUGGCCGAAGUCACAGGAAGAUAAAGAUCAGUAUCUUUUGAAGAAUACAAGGCUAAGUGACGUAAAUAAGCGACUUAAGGCGCAGAUAUGGAGCUCAGUUGUUACUAUAGUUCUUGUUGAGGCAAAGAAUCUGCAAGCAAUGGACGUUGAUACUAGAUCUAGUGAUCCUUAUUGCAAAUUUAGGUUAGGUAAUGAAAAAUAUAAAAGUAAAGUUGUAUGGAAGUCACUUCAUCCAUCAUGGCUGGAACAGUUCGACCUACAUCUGUACGACGAUCAGGAGCAAAUACUGGAAGUGACUGUGUGGGACAAGGACAAACAGACUAAAGACGACUUUUUAGGGAGGUGUACAAUAGAUCUAUCUACAUUAGAAAGAGAGAAGACACAUAACAUAUGGCAGGAUUUAGAAGAUGGUAAUGGACAAAUAUUUCUAUUGCUGACGAUCAGUGGUACCACACAAUCGGAAACUAUUACAGAUCUGACUAGUUAUAAAGAAAAUCCUAGAGAUAUUGAAAUAAUAGAGAGGAGAUAUGCUUGGUACCGACUCAACGAGCACUCGAGUGGUGUCGGCUGGCUGUGUGUCAAAGUGUACGGCGCCAAGGGUCUAGCGGCCGCGGAUUUGGGAGGAAAGUCAGACCCUUUCUGUGUACUUGAACUGGGCAACGCCAGAUUACAAACGCACACAGAAUAUAAAACAUUGACACCGAGUUGGAUGAAGAUAUUCACUUUUACAGUCAAAGACAUCACAUCGAUAUUAGAAAUAACCGUAUAUGAUGAAGAUCAUGACCAUAAAGUAGAGUUCCUCGGUAAACUGGCAAUACCACUGCUGAACAUACGCAAUGGUGAAAAGAGAUGGUUCGCACUCAAAGACAAGAAAAUGAGAGCCAGAGCAAAGGGGAAUUAUCCACAGAUUUUGUUAGAGAUGAUGGUCAUAUGGAAUCCGUUGAAAGCUGCAAUAAGAGUAAUAAAUCCAAAAGAACCAAAAUACAUGCAUCAAGAAUCAAAAUUCAAGAGGCAACUGUUCAUAAGAAAUGUGAUGAGGUUAAAAGCUAUAAUAAUGUGGUUUAUUGAAGUCGGGAAAAUUUUACAAGACUGUUUUGAAUGGGAAUCUAGAUUUAGAUCCUUCCUAGGUCUGUUAGCGUGGCUCGCCUUUUGUUAUUAUUAUCAGAUGUGGAUGUUGCCAUUUCUACUUCUAGUCUUUUUCUCAAGGAAUUGGCUCAUCUAUAGACUUACUGGAGGUAAUCCUUUAUUACAGCCAGUUGAUGAUGAAGAUUUACUGGCUGAAGAAGAUGAUGAAGAAGAGGUUGAUAAAGAAGAGAAGAAAUCAUUAAAAGAGAGAUUGCAAGCUAUACAAGAAGUCACGCAAACUGUGCAAAAUGCGAUAGGUUACGUCGCAUCUCUGGGAGAGGCGGUUAAAAACUUGAUGAACUUCACGGUGCCAUGUCUUAGUUAUUUAGCUAUAUUAAUGUUAUUUGGAGCUAUGUUAGUCUUAUAUGUGAUACCACUGCGUUACCUUCUUAUGGCUUGGGGUAUAAAUAAAUUCACAAGGAAAAUCCUUAGACCACACACAAUACCAAACAAUGAGGUUUUAGAUCUGUUGUCACGAGUACCAGACGACGAGAUAUUGCUUGAUUGCAGAGAACUUAAACCUCAUCCAGCGAACGAAGCUCGAAGGGACGCAAGAAAAAAACACAAAGCCGCCUAAAUUACAGAUUAUAUCUAGUCAAGCAAAGUUAUGUUCAUAGACAAUUUGAUAAACCAAUGUUGUUAGCUUUUUCUAAAACUACUAUGUGGUAACUUUUUUGAAGUAGAUCUACUAUUGUUGGAAUGUAUUAAAAAUUAUUUUAGCAACGGAAAAUUUAAAAACACUAGGAGGUGUUUUGAAGUAACCAAACGGAGAAAAAAAUUGAAAUAUUGAAUAUUAACAACAAUAAGAUUAUCAUGGUUAAUUAGUUGUGAAAAAAUUACGCUGCAUUUUAGCAGCAAUGCACAACAGUCUGUAGACUGAAGAUCUGAUGUAUAGUUGUAAUGUAUCAUUUACUUAUAAUGAUCAUUUGGUAUUUAAAUUAAUAUAAAUCAAUCGUCCAUGUAAUGAAUACCAUUAUUAGAUAGGAAGAUGUCAUUUGAAAAUCUUUAAGAUUAUUAUUUAACUUGCUGUC